AUGGGGUCAUGUUGUUCAACUAACAAGGUAGUUAAGGAAACCUAUGAUUACCCAGAUGGAGGAGUUUAUGUAGGUGAUUUGGAGAACAAUUUGCCACAUGGAAGAGGCACAAUCAAGUGGGACAAUGGUUCAUUAUUUGAGGGCGAAUUUAUAGAAGGAAGAAAGAAUGGAAAAGGAUUAUACAGAUGGAAUGAUGGAUAAUAUUAUGAUGGCAAUUUCAAAGAUGAAAAAUUUGAUGGCUAUGGCGAAUAUUUUUGGACUGAUGGAAAAGUUUAUAAAGGCAACUGGACUGAUGGUGAAAUGAAUGGAUAAGGGGAAAUGAGUUAUCCAGAUGGAAGAGUAUAUUCAGGCAGUUUCAAAGCAGACAAAAAGGAUGGCGAUGGUGAAAUGACUUGGCCUAAUGGAAAUAAAUAUAUUGGAGCUUGGAAAAAAGGUAAACAACAUGGAAAGGGUGUUAUGGUAGAUCGAUAAGGGAAUAAAUCUGAAGGCACUUGGAAUAAAGGAAAAAAAUAAUGAAAAUUAUAUUUAAGCAUUGUCAAUCUGUGUUAAUUAUUAAUUUUAAUC